AUGGACACAGUGACCGUCUUCCCUCCAAAUCCUCAAUGUUUGAUGACCCCACCAAUCUCUUUCAAGUCAGCCCCACAGCUCCUCUCCCGCCUCACCCCCGCCACGUUCAGGCUCUUCUCCACCAUCUCCGCCGCCGCAGGCCUCACUGCGAGCUCCGCCGACUCUGAAACAGUAACAACAGUUUCAGAACCCUCGACCCCAAAACCUAGGUCCAACGGCGGUGGCUCACGUGGCGGCGCGAGGGAUAAAAAGUCGAAUUUGGACGCCAACCAAUAUAGGCUGAACUGGUUGGAGUCCCUGUCCUGCCCGUUGCCGGACAUUGAUGGGAACUUGACAUGUGAAAAACCCGGCUUGGGUUGGGUCAUCGGGGUUGAUCCGGACCUUUCUGGAGCCUUGGCUGUUCUGAAGCCCGAUAAUUCUCCCCAGGUAUAUGAUUCUCCUAUCUUAAAAGUGCUGGUUGGGAAAAGAGUUCGGAAGCGUCUUGAUGUCAAGUCCAUCAUUCAGUUGCUUCAAAAUGUUGAUGCUCCAAGUGGAACAUCUGUCUACAUAGAGCAAUCGAUUCCUUUUCCCAAAGAUGGAAAGCAGGGAUGGUGGAGUGGAGGAUUUGGAUACGGACUAUGGAUAGGUAUUUUGGUUGCCUCGGGAUAUUCUGUUGUUCCAGUUCCAUCUGUUUUGUGGAAGAAUGAGUUUAAACUCUCAGGGUUUCAGUCAAGCAAGGAUGAUAGCAGAGAACUUGCAACAACUCUAUUUCCUUCUAUGAGUUCCAUGUUGAAAAGGAAAAAAGACCAUGGUCGUGCAGAAGCUCUACUAAUUGCUGCUUUUGGUAAAGGGCUGAAGGUGAAACGUGAUGAUGACUUUGCACGCAUCGUGGAUAAUCCAAUGCCCGAGAAACAAGACUGUCUCCAGAUAGCGAAUUUUUAG